AUGAAUCUUUUUCGAAUCUUGGGGGACUUCUCCCAUCUCCUUUCAAUCCUGAUUCUCCUCCACAAAAUGCACCAAACAAACUCCUGCGCCGGUAUAUCCUUCAAAUCUCAAGCACUCUACCUCCUCGUCUACGUCACCCGCUACCUCGAUCUCUUCUGGACUUUCACCGACUCCCUCUAUAACACCACUUUCAAGCUUCUUUUUCUCUGCUCCUCCGGCUACACAAUCUACCUAAUGACCACUUCCUUCAAACCCACCCACGACCCCAAUCUCGACACCUUCCGCGUGCAAUAUCUCCUCGGUGGUUCCCUUGCCCUCGCUUUCAUCUACCCCUACGCCUAUACCCCCUCUGAAAUCCUCUGGGCCUUCAGCAUCUGGCUUGAAUCCGUCGCCAUCCUCCCCCAACUCUUCCUGCUCCAAAGAACCGGAGAAGCCGAGACGAUUACGGCGAAUUAUCUCUUCGCGUUGGGAAGUUACAGAGCAUUAUAUAUACCAAAUUGGUUGUGGAGAUAUUUCCAAGAGAGCCACUGGGAUGGAAUUGCCGUGUUUGCAGGUGUGAUUCAAACGGUUCUUUAUUCGGAUUUCUUUUGGAUUUACUACACGAAGGUUAUGAAGGGAAAGAGAUUUACUUUGCCAGUAUAA